AUGUUCAGAGAUGACCCCUCUGGCCUGCAUUUCAGCCCCCCCGCGCACUCCUGCAAGGACUGGAUCGGUCCCCCCGACAAGCACUCCAACCUGCGGCCGGUGGUCUUCUACGUGCCCCCUGAGGAGUCGCCCCUGGAGCGGCGGCUGCGGGAGGCGCGGCAGGAGGCCCAGGCCUGCGACCAGCGCUUCUGGGCACGGCACAACUGCGCCUUCCGCCAGGAAAAAGAAGAAUUUAUUUACUCAAGACUGAAAGCCAAGGGUCUGGAAAUGAGAGAUGAAACAGGUCAGAAAGCAACACUGAAUGCAGAAGAAAUGGCUGACUUUUACAAGGACUUUCUAAGUAAAAAUUUUAGAAAGCACAUGCAGUAUAACAGAGAUUGGUAUAAACGUAACUUUACUAUCACAUUCCUCAUGGGACAAGUAGCACUGGCGAGAGCUCUGAGGAGGCUUCGUUGGAAAAAGAAAGAUGCUGGAAAUUAGUGAUCACAGCUGCAUGAAGAAGGCAACACUAGCUAGGCCUGCUAUAAACUUGUUGCUUAUAGUGAUGUUCAGAAUCUGAGUGACUAAUGUAAUAAUUGCUUGAAUCUGUUAGCUAAACUAUGUAAAUAAAAGUUGCCGUUUGUCUUAAUUU